GCCACUUGGACGGCCUAGUUAUCCGGCUAAGCUAAAACAAUCUCUACAUUUAGCUGUUUCUACCUGCAGUUUUACAGAGAAUCUUAUAUCAGUUCAAUUAAAAACAGCAUUUGGAGAGGAUUAACUCACUGAUCCUGAGGGAUGAUAAAAAGAACAAAAGCCGUAUUAUUUGUACUAUGACUAGUCAAGAAGAAACUCAGACAGACCUUCACCACUGCCUAGAGUGUGGAAAGAGUUUUCUUCAAGAGAAGGAUCUCACAGCACACCAGCUCAUCCACAGACAAGACAAACCACAUCAGUGCUCACAGUGUGGAAAGAGUUUCAUUUAUAAAUGUCUUCUCCAACAACAUCAGCGCGUUCACACAGGAGAGAAGCCGUAUCAGUGCUCACAGUGUGGAAAGGGUUUUACUCAAUCGAAGUAUCUCACAGCACACCAGCUCAUCCACAGCCAAGAAAAACCACAUCAGUGCUCACAGUGUGGAAAGAGUUUCAAAUUUAAAUAUCGUCUCCAACAACAUCAGCGCACUCAUACACGAGGGAACCCACUUACGUGCUCACAGUGUGGAAAAAGUUUUGCUAACAUGAUAAAUUUGAAAGCACACGAGUAUAUCCACAAAGGAGAGAAGCCGCAUCAGUGCUCACAGUGUGAUAAGAGUUUCGUUUUCAUGAGAAAUUUUAUAGCACACCAACGCAUCCAUAAAGUAGAAAACCCGUAUUUGUGCUCACUGUGUGGAAAAGGUUUUACUAACAGUACUCAAUUUCAACGGCAUCAACAGAUUCACACUGAAGACAAACGGUAUUGCUGUUCACAGUGUGGGAAGAGUUUUAAUCAAAAUGAUUCUCUCAAGCAACAUCAGCGUAUUCACACUGGAGAGAAACCGUAUCAUUGUUCUCAGUGUGGGAAGAGUUUUACUCAAAAGGUCUCUCUUCUGGAACAUCAGCGCAUUCACACUGGAGACAAACCGUAUCAUUGUUCUCAGUGUGGAAAGAGUUUUACUCAAAAGAGCUGUCUUCUGCAACAUCAGCGUAUUCACACUGGGGAGAAGCCAUAUUACUGCUCAGAGUGUGGAAAGAGUUUUAGUAACUUAAGCAAUUUCCAACAACACAAGCGCAUUCACACUGGAGAGAAGCCAUAUCAAUGCUCCAUGUGUGGAAAGAAUUUUAUUCAAGAGAAGGAUCUCACAGCACACCAGCUAAUCCACAGACCAGACAAACCACAUCAGUGCUCACAGUGUGGAAAGAGUUUCAUCCGUAAGUAUCGUCUCCAAGAACAUCAGCGCACUCAUACAGGAGAGAAGCCGCAUCAAUGCUCACAGUGUGAAAAGAGUUUUGUUUACAUGAGAAAUUUGAAAGCGCACCAACGCAUCCAUGAAGGAGAAAAGCCCUAUCUGUGCUCACUGUGUGGAAAGGGUUUUAUUAACAAGAGUCAUUUUCAACGGCAUCAACAGAUUCACACUGGAGAGAAACCGUAUCACUGUUCACAGUGUGGGAAGAGUUUUAAUCAAAAGCAUUCUUUCCAGCAACAUCAGCGUAUUCAUACUGGAGACAAACCGUAUCAUUGUUCUCAGUGUGGGAAGAGUUUUAUUCAAAAGGUCUCUCUUCUAAAACAUCAGCGUAUUCACACUGGGGAAAAGCCAUAUUACUGCUCAGAGUGUGGGAAGAGUUUUAAUAAUGUAAGCAAUUUCCAACAACACCAGCGCAUUCACACUGGAGAGAAGCCGUAUUACUGUUCCGUGUGUGGAAAGAAUUUUACUCAAAACGGCUCUUUAAAAAGCCAUCUACGCACGCAUACUAAAGGGACAGGAAAAAAGUGUUUUCAAGGUACAUGCCCUUAAGGGGCUGCUUAAGGACCACAGACUCGGAUGCACUAUGUAAAACACAUUGCGAGGACAAUGAUGGACUGAUUGACUGACUAAUAUAAUGGUGGACUGAGGUUUGGAGAGUGUGAAUUAAUUAAAUAUGUUCUUUAAUAAUUUUGAUAUAAAAUGCUCUGUCCUCCUACAGUUCAGGGUUUCUGUGGCAGCUUCCUCAGUCUGUCCUUGCUUUGUAGCUCCAAUAAACAUUACAAUACAAAA